AUGGGACCUCUGGAACUUUACUGCAAGGGAGCGACUGUGUGGGUGCCUGAUGAAGACGCCGUGUGGGCUUCAGCUCAACUCUUGCAGGACUUCAACCCUGAAGAAAGAUUUCUCCAUCUGCAACUCAACAAUGGAACGGUAGAAAUGGAUUUCCCUGUGCCGUCUCUGUCGGAGCUGCCACCUCUGGGGAAUCCGGACAUCAUGGAAGGAGAGAAUGACCUGACCGCUCUGAGCUUUCUCCACGAGGCUGCGGUUCUCCACACACUAAGAGUCCGCUUCCAGGACUACAACAGCAUCUACACCUACUGUGGUAUAGUUCUUGUGGCCAUCAACCCGUACGAGCAGCUGCCUCUGUACGGAGAGGAGGUGAUGGACGCCUACAACGGGCAGGACAUGGCCGACAUGGAGCCUCACAUCUUCUCUGUGGCAGAGGAGGCGUACCGCACCAUGACCCGAGAGGAGAAAAACCAGUCCAUUAUUAUCAGUGGAGAGUCGGGAUCAGGCAAAACAGUGUCUGCCAAAUUUACAAUGCGCUACUUUGCGGUGGUGGGGGGGGCCGUGCAGCAGACCAGUGUGGAGGAGAGGGUCCUGGCCUCGAACCCCAUCAUGGAGGCCAUUGGCAAUGCUAAGACCAUCAGAAAUGACAACAGCAGCCGCUUCGGGAAGUACAUCGAGAUCGGCUUUGGCAAAAAAGGAGACAUCAUCGGAGCCAACAUGAGGACUUACCUUUUGGAGAAGUCCAGGGUUGUUUUUCAGCCAAUCAACAAGCUCCUCAUAGAAUGUGUGCUUGGUGUUGCAGGAGUGAAGGCUGAGCAGCAGAUGGAGCUGUUUCGGAUCCUGGCAGCGAUUCUUCAUUUGGGAAAUGUGAGCAUCAGAUCUAGUGGGAGGAACUCAGACAGAAGUUACAUCGAUGCGGACGACAGCUCCUUGUCCAUCUUCUCUGCUCUGCUCGGCGUGGAGGGCUCUCAGGUGGCCCACUGGCUCUGUAACCGCAGGCUGACCGUGGGGGGGGAGACCCUGGUGAAGCCGGUGACUGGGCAGCAGGCUCUGGAGGCCCGUGACGCCCUGUCAAAACACAUCUAUGGCCAGACGUUCACAUGGACUGUGCACCGGCUCAACUCCUCCCUCCGGAGUCACCGAGCGCAGCCCAAGAGCUUCAUCGGAGUGCUGGAUAUAUACGGGUUUGAGACGUUUGCCAAGAAUAGCUUUGAGCAGUUUUGUAUCAAUUAUGCAAACGAAAAACUGCAGCAGCAAUUCAACAGGCAUGUGUUUCAGCUGGAGCAGGAGGAGUACACUCGCGAGGAGCUGGACUGGAACCGGAUCGACUUCAGUGACAACCAGCCGUGCAUCCAGCUGAUCGAGGGCCAGCUGGGGCUGAUGGACCUGCUGGACGAGGAGUGCAGGAUGCCUAAAGGCUCCGAUGAGAGCUGGGUGAGGAAACUCUAUGAGCAGCACUCUGGCAGCAGGCCUCACCCACACUUCCAGAAGCCACGCAUGUCCACAAGCGGUUUCAUUGUGCUGCACUUUGCCGACACGGUUCAGUACGAGUGUCAAGGCUUUCUGGACAAAAACAGAGAUACAGUCUUUGAAGAGCUGCUCAACAUUUUGAAAGCAAGUCAGUCAGAACUUGUGGCCGAAUUAAUCCAGCUGCAAAGCACUGCUUCCUCUACGGCUCAGGAGAGUAUUCACCCUGGAAGAAAAGCUCACAAACUCACUGUGGGGUUUCAGUUUCGUCAGUCCUUGCAGCUGCUGAUGGACACGUUGAACAGCACUACUCCUCACUAUGUCCGCUGUAUAAAACCCAAUGACGACAAAGAGGCUUUUAAGUUUGAUCCAAAGAGGACGGUCCAGCAGCUGAGAGCUUGUGGCGUACUGGAGACCAUACGCAUCAGUGCAGCGGGUUAUCCAUCCAGAUGGACAUACGAGGAGUUCUAUUCGCGCUACAGAGUGUUGCUGCGUGGGGCUCAUGACCCGGCUCAGGCCCGGGUCUCGUGUGGGCAGGCCUUACCUCAGCUCAUUCCGGAUCCGGACCAGUACAGCUUCGGCAAAACUAAGGUGUUCUUCCGGGCAGGACAGGUGGCCCUGCUGGAGCGCCUGCGGGCCGAGAGGUUGAGGGGGGCCGCCGUGAGCAUCCAGAGCUGGGUGCGGCGGUGGCAGGCUCAGAGACUCUUCCACAGGACGCUCCGGGCAAUCCUGACCGUGCAGAGAUACAGCAGGGGAGCACUGGCCCGACGUUAUGCCAUGACACUGCGCUACACCAAAGCUGCUCUCACCAUCCAGAAGACUUACCGCAUGGUUAUGGUCAGACAGCUGUUCCAGAUGAUUCGACAGGCCACCAUCACCAUACAGGCCUUCACCAGAGGCACACUGGCACGACGCCGAUACACGCAGUUGUUGUGGGUGCGAGCGGCGGUCCUGCUCCAAUCUCGGGUGCGUGGAUGGCUGGCCAGACGGGCUUACAGUAGAAUGCAGGCCGCUGUGGUCUUCAUGCAAUGCUGUGCACGUCGACGCGCUGCCAGGAAACAACUGCUUACGCUCAAAAAGGAGGCGAGAUCCGUGCAAAGAUUCCAAGAACUCAACAAAGGCAUGGAAGUCAAACUGAUGCAGCUUCAGCUACGCCUGGACCAGGAGGUCAAGGAGAGCACUUUGUUGAGAGAAACCUUAAGUGCAGAGCGAGAUGCAAGGAAACUUGAACUGGACGCACUCAAAGGAACAUUAUUAAAAUUGCAAAAUCAAAAGCAUGAGCAUCAGCCCAGUCCUGAGAUAAUAAAAGAGGCCGAGGAGAAAAGGCAAGCCAGUGAGGAGGCUGCUCGGAAAAUACAAAUACUUACACAGGAGAUACAAUUACUGAAGAACGAAAGAGAGAGUUUUAUGAAAGAAAAAGAGAGCCUUUCUGCACAUCUCGUCACUCAACAACAAACCGGGCAAGAGAGUUUGCAUGAAGCCGUGGUGAAAGCCACAGCUGCUGUCAAAAGUGAACUGGAUGAAGAGAGAAGGAAGUACCAGGGCUUGUUGAGAGACUUCUCGCGACUAGAGCAGAGAUACGACAACUUGCGCGAGAUGAGUCUGCUUACAGAGCGUGCCCCUGGUCACAGGAGGUCAGACUCCACUCAGAGCGUGGGGUACGAGCCUCUUUCUCCCUCUUUGACGCCUCUGUCCUCCCAUCCAUCCACCCCACUAUCAACUUCGCCUUUCCCAUCCGGGCUCCCAUCUCCAGAGCCACUACGCAGGCCUAGUGUUGCAUCGCCCACUCUGGAAAAGAGGCCGCCAUGGAGCACAGAGCAUUCAAUGGAUGGACUGAUGGAGAGCAUGGAUGUGGCGCCUGCGGUGAAGAUGAAAGAAGAUGACUUGGCUCAUGCUUAUGAUGCUGUUCGAGUGGCCAACAAGUUUCUGGAACAUCAGUUACGGAGUCAGCACGUUCAGUGGCAGGGUGAAAUGGAGGCAUUGAGAUCUCAGCUCAGGAAAGUGCUGUCCUCUCCUGGGACAAUCCCACAGAACCUGCUGGAGGCUCGAGAGCAGGAGUGUGUGAGACUGAGGCGAGAGCUUAGAGAGCUGAAAAACACCAGUACACUGAGAAGGCUGCUGACUCAAGUUCUACCUGCCUCCUCCAUGGCUCAGGAGAGUGGAACCGAACCCCUGAAGUCUGCCACACUUACAAGUUUACUUGAAUGUCGGAAAAAAGAUGAAGGAAAACUACUGAAAAAUAUAAUCACAGACCUGCGAGGAGACCUGGCCCUGACUUUAGAUCCAGGCCUUUGUGCCAGUGUUGUGUUCUUGUGCCUGCGUCACAUGGACCACAGUGGAGACCCAACCCGGACACGCUCCUUCUGUAUGGCCUGUGUCGCUGCUCUUAAGGCUGCUUUAAAGAAGCACAGCAAUGACUUGGACAUGACAUCCCUGUGGCUCAAAAAUGGCUGCCUGCUGCAUGACCUGUUGGUCCAACAUUCCUCAGAACAUGCUAAUGAUUCAGAGGGAACCGUCUCCUUUGUGGUGGACCUGAGUGACCAGAUACGAGCCUUGAGUGACUUUUGUAUUCACGCCUACCAGCAGCUUGUGUCCAUCACUGAGGCUCGUCUGCAGAAUGUUGUUGUGCCAGCGCUGUUGGAGAGUGAGAGCAUCUCCAGCCUGCCAGGCUCAGCUGGAAAACUGCCAUUAUCCAGGAAGCGUACCAGCUCAGAUCCUCGAGUGGUGGGGGGAGAAGUCCCUAACAUGAGCUCCUUGCUGAGGGAGUUGGGGGCCCUUCAUUCAGCCAUGUGUCGUCAGGCUCUGGCCCCUGAGCUGAUGGAGCAGGCCUUCCACCAGCUCACACACCUCAUGUGCUCCUCCGCCUUCAACAGUCUGUUGCUGCGUAAAGACAUGUGCAGCUGGAGCCGAGGGAUGCAGAUACGUUACAACGUGAGUCUGCUGGAGGAAUGGCUGCGCAGUCGUGGGCUGUCGGCAGGUGGCGCUGUGGCCACACUGGAGCCUCUGAUCCAGGCCGUGCAGCUGCUGCAGAUGGGGAAGAAAAGUGAGGGCGAUGCUCAGGCCUUGGUUCACACGUGCACUGCUCUGACCAGCCAGCAGAUUGUGAAGAUUCUGACCCUCUACACACCGCACAGUGAUCUAGAUGAAAGAGUCACUCUAAACUUCGUCCGCUCUGUCCAGGGGAUUCUCAAAAGCCGCUCUGACAGCCAGGCUCCUCAGCUCCUGAUGGACGUCAGGCAGGUGUUUCCUGUCACCUUUCCAUCAUUGUGCCCUGAGGUCCAUGUAGACCAGGUCCAGAUCCCAGACAACCUUAAGAUCUCAUUCCUGCGCAGGACCUGA